GUCCAAAAACCAGCAAAAAUCAACAUUUAUGACUACGUAUUAUUAACAAGAGCAUUGUGUUAUAAAAGAUUAAUGUGUUUAAAGCAAAAGCGCGGCAAAAUAUUUAAAUACUGUAGUUUUGUUUUUAUACCCUCUGACGGUCGCAAGAACAGACAAAGAAUGGGACCAUGAUGUUUCCCAGAACUAUAUAUUCUUAGUUAGGAAUGCAGAAAAAUACUUAAGGCGAUAAUCAUAAGAGUGUAUCAGAACUGAGACAACUAAGGAUGCAUUUAUGCAGGUCCGUGUAGUAAACAUCCAAGUACUAGGCUGCUAAUGUUUCUUGUUGUUGUUGUAGCUGUGUGUUGUACACCGAAGCGGUAGCGCUUGCCGAUAAAGGAUUCCAACAGGUCAAUCCGAAAUCAUCUUUCUUGACAAAAUGGCCUUAAUGAUGAAUUCGAUCGACAGUAAAAAACACACCAACAACUCCAUGACCAAUAAUACAAACAACAACAACGUCAAUAAGAAUAUUUCCUUGCCCUUAACAAUAAUACCGCUUACAGAAGAUGCUUUAAAGCGCCAAAAUGUUCAGAUGAGCCAGAAGAUAGCCCCUAAACCGCCAGAUCUUACAUUUCAUUGUAUGUGCUGUGAGGAGUAUUUCGUCAAUCCUUUUCACAUGUAUGAACAUCUCAAUACAAAGCAUGCUGACUUACCGCCAGAACCGCAAGAGUCUGAAGAGGAAUUAGAUGAUGGCAAAGAUUAUAGCUGGGUCUUUGAACCGUUAUGUGAACUUGUGGCAGAAGACAGCGGUCAAGGAAGGCAUACACAGCAGCAAAGUCAAAAUGGCGAUGAAGAUGACUCCUCAUCGGAUUCGGAUUCAGAUGAUGACUCAAGUUCUACUUCAUCGUCUACGUCCUCAAGCAGUUCUUCGGAUUCCAGUUCUUCCAAUUCAAACAGCCAAGAUGAGACUACACGGGAUGCGCCAGAGCUUCAAGAAUUUGAUCCUGAGGGUGAUCAUUCCACUAUGGAGGUUAUGGAGGAAGCAGCUUACGAAGAAGUUGAAGCAGAAUCUUUACAAUCUAAUUCUCAAAUGGUGGCAGAUGGGGUCAUGGACCCACCACUUUUGACACCGAAAACCGAGUAUAACCCCUCAGUUCUAGUUUUAAAUCCCGCUGCCAAUACCACAAUCACACCGGUCCUCGCUGCUGUAAAGCGCGGCCGUGGUCGCAGAAGUGCAGCCCAGCAGGCCGCCAUCGAAAUGUCUUCCUUGAUAAGUGGCGAACCGAAAUGUUUCCAAUGUAGCCAUUGCGAAGCUUCGUUUCCCAGUGCCGGUGAUCUGUCGAAGCAUGUACGUUGUCAUAUAAGCAAUAAGCCAUUCCAGUGUUCCAUAUGUGAGAAAACAUUUACCCAUAUUGGCAGUUUGAAUACGCACAUACGUAUACACAGCGGAGAGAAGCCUUACAAAUGUGAGCUUUGCUCCAAAGCAUUUACCCAGUCUAGUAGUCUUAUGGUCCAUGUACGAUCGCAUUCAAUUAAAAAGCCCCACCAAUGCCAUUUAUGUGACAAGGGCUUUGUAAAUUCCACUUCGUUGGCCAUACAUCUAAAAACGCACAAUGGAGAGCCGGCCAUUAGUUGCACUGAAUGCGAUAAGACUUUUAAACAUGAAUCCCAGCUAAAAGAACACUUGCGCAUGCACACCCUCUCUUUGGUCUACCAAUGUUCCAUAUGUAGAAACGCCUUUGCCACAUCUUCCGAAUUAGUUCAACAUAUGAAAUGUCAUAUGGGAGAGAAACCAUUUACUUGUUCUAUAUGCGACCGUUCCUUUACCCAAUCCGGCAGUCUAAAUAUACACAUGCGCAUUCAUACGGGUGAGAAACCGUUUAAUUGUAAAUUUUGUAAUAAAUCCUUUACACAAGCCUCGAGUCUGAGCGUACACAUGAAAAUACAUUCCGGUGAGAAACCUUUUCCUUGCCAUAUUUGCGGCAAAUCCUAUAGCCAAUCAGCUUAUUUAAAUAAGCAUAUCCAAAAUCAUUUAGAAAUGCAAAAGAAAGGACUCGAAGCCCCACAAAUGGAACAAAAACAGGAAACUUUGCUAUGCAUAGUUUGCGGAGAGCUCCAUAAGGAUGCCAACUCUUUGGCUUAUCAUGUGACGAAACAACAUGCUGCUUUGCUGAAUAAUAUGCGGGAGGCUGGUAGAGUGGAAAUAACUGAAGAGGAACGGCGACGACAGGAGAUGAUGUACAUGCAACAAAUUCAAGCCUUGAUGCAUAUGCAGCAACAACAGCAGCAUAUGAUGCAACAGCAGCACACUACACUGAACCGUUUACCAACAUUGCCUUUAGAACAUAUGCAGAAGGAGGACGAAGAAAUAAAUGGAGAACAAACAAGCGACAAUGAGUUUGAACUACAAAAUAACGAACAGAAUGGAAAUGGAUUUUCCGAGAAUUCACCACACAAUACAACACAAAGGGAGGAUGAUGAGGAUCAUAGCAAUCCCAGUCAGCCUAUGUUUUACGAUAACGAUGAAAUGGAAAAUGCUUCCAAUUAUCAUAGGGAUGAUGAUUAUAAUGAAAAUGAUUUUGCCGAGCAAGAGGAAAAUGACGGUCAUUAUAUGCAUCCGGAACAAGAUGAGGAAUCUAGGUACAAUGAUAGUCAUCACAGUAUGCAGCAAAAUAUUGAAGCUAGCUAUGACAAUGAGGUUGCUUCCAAUUACGAUGAUGAAUAUGAGCAUAGAUCUUCACCAAACAAUCAACCAAUUGCUGAGGAUCACUAUGAUGAGUCCCUAGAUUCCAAUGAAGAACACGCUUUGUAUGCCAAUCAGCAGCAGCAGCAUCAAAGGCGCGAAUCUUUCUCCAAUGGUUUUUGUAGCAUGGCAAAUGAUUCCGAAACGGAAGAUGACGAUGGAGAUGUUGCUAAUGGUGACGCCAUUGAUCAUGAUGACAGUCAAGGCAUGCAUAAUGUUUUAGACCAUUCGACAUUCAAUAUUAAAGGCAAUAGUAUCAUGUCAUCUUCAGAGGCUGGAGACAUGCAUGAUAUUGAAAUGUCCGAAUACCCAUUUAUCGAUGAUACAAAAUUUAAUUUCUACGAUGAUUACGCGGCAGAGGAAGAAGUUGAAACUGCAGAAUAAAUUCCUUUCAAGUUUUCCCAUAAGCCAACCAAGGCAAAGGUGCUAAAAUCAAAUUUUGAAUUAUAAUCUGUUUUAACCCAAACUUUUUCAGCAUUUAUUAAUAGUUAUGCUAAAGAUUUUCCCAAAAUAAACCCAGUAUAUAUUUUUUAUUUUAAUUUUGGUCACUUUACACUUAUAAAGCGCUUCUGAAUCCAUAUCGCUUAUUUUCAACAAAAAUGGAUGUAUAUUCACAUUUCUUGUAAAUUACAUUCGUUAGGCAUAUUUAUA